UGUCCAUCCUAGCCAUAUCAAGGUGUGUUUUUCUUUCCCUACCCACCGUUCUAGGUCCUCCCAGAGCAGGUAUUUCCCUUUCUUACCCACAGACACACACACAUACACACACACAUACACUGUAGCUGUAGAGGGGGGCUGUCUGUGGGCUGAGUGUGUGAAGCACUUGCAUUGAUAACCUGCAGCUCAGAGCCACUCAGUCUCACUCUGUGGCCGUCCCCCUAGCCUGGAACUCCCUUUCUCCCUGCUUGGUCUCCUUUCUGGCUUCAUACUCCAGGACUGUCUGCAGACGUGCUCGGAGCCCCGCGUUUAGUCGUCAUCCUUCUGUCCCUCUCACCAUGUCGCCUACCCCGCCGUUGUUCCUGCUGCUGCUUGGCCUAAUAGGAGCUCAGGCCACUGUGGACCUCCGCACAGCCGCCGCCAUGGCAGCAGGUUUGUGCAAAACCCGUCCCACAGACCUCGUGUUCAUCAUUGACAGCAGUCGGAGCGUUCGUCCUUCAGAGUUUGAGCAAGUCAAGGUCUUCCUGGCUAAGGUCAUCGAGGGGCUGGAUGUUGGACCCAAUGCCACCCGUGUGGGAGUUGUCAACUACGCCAGCCGCGUCAAGAACGAGGUGUCUCUUAAGACUCAUCGCUCCAAAGCCGGACUGAUUAAGGCCGUGACCAAGAUCGAGCCCCUGUCCACUGGAACAAUGACUGGUCUGGCCAUCCAGUUUGCCCUGAAUGUUGCCUUCAGUGACGGCGAGGGCGCUCGUGUCAAAUCUCCUGAUAUCAGCAAGGUUGCCAUUAUUGUGACAGACGGGCGUCCCCAGGACAGUGUGAAAGAUGUAGCUCAGCGUGCACGGGAUGCCGGCAUUGAGAUUUUCGCCAUUGGUGUGGGACGUGUGGACAUGAGCACUCUGAGGCAGAUGGCCAGUGAUCCUCUGGACGACCAUGUGGACUAUGUGGAGAGCUACAGUGUCAUCGAGAAGCUCACCAAGAAGUUCCAGGAGGCCUUCUGUGUGUCGGACCUGUGUGCCACUGGGGAUCAUGACUGUGAGCAGGUAUGCAUCAGCACCCCCGGAUCAUACAAGUGUGCCUGCAAAGAUGGCUUUACCCUCAUGGACGAUGGUCGCAGCUGCAGUGCUUGCAGCAACUCGGCGACAGAUGUUGUGUUCCUGAUCGAUGGCUCUAAGAGCGUUCGUCCUGAGAACUUUGAGCUGGUCAAGAAGUGGAUCAACCAGAUCAUCGACAAACUGGAUGUUUCUGACAACAAGGCUCAUGUUGGACUGGUGCAGUACUCCAGCUCGGUCAGACAAGAGUUUCCCCUUGGCCGCUACAACAACAAGAAAGACCUGAAGGAUGCUGUGAAGAAAAUGGCCUACAUGGAGAGGGGAACCAUGACAGGUCAGGCCCUCCGCUAUCUGUUAGAAAACAGCUUCAACCUGGGUCAGGGUGCCCGGCCUGGAGUCACCAAGGUGGGAAUCGUCUUCACUGACGGACGCAGCCAAGACUACAUUGGUGAUGCCGCCAAGAAGGCCAAGGAAAACGGCUUUAAGAUGUAUGCUGUUGGAGUGGGCAAUGCAGUGGAGGAUGAGUUGAAAGAGAUUGCCUCUGAGCCGACUGGAGAACACUACUUCUACACUGCCGACUUCAAGGCUAUGACCCAGAUUGCUAAGAAGCUGCAGAUUAACAUCUGCCAAGAGGAGGACCCUUGUGAAUGCGACUCCCUUGUAAAGUUCCAGAAGAAAGUAGAAGAUGCCCUACAGGCACUAACAAAAAAAUUAGAGAGUAUGUCGAAGAGGAUCGCCUUGCUGGAGAACAAAAUCGUCUGAGGACUCACACCCCAGUUCCCCCCUAUACAUCUGCACACUCACCCACGUACACACACAAACAAUUUUUACUUCCUGUAAAAUACUGAAGAGGAACCCGUGCGUGUGUGAACCCUGGCUUCAGCUUUUAUCUUGAGCUCUCCUAAACCACCUCUGCCUCUUCCUUUCUCGGUCUUACCUCUUCCACCCUUGGGUCUCUCGGGACACGAAGCGCCGGUUACCAUGGGGACCACACCUUCGUGUGUGUGUGCGCUCCGAAGGUCAUCCUCCAUAGCCACCCCGUGUGUUUGUUAAUAAAACUCUUCCCUCAUAGGGAAACGGUGACGGUACACUGAAGGGUUUUUUCUCUUAGUUGCUGCCACAAUUUUAUAUCUUCCCAAACCCCAACAGUCUGUGUCUUGUCAUGUCAAAUGGAGCAGCAUAUCACCUUCACUUGUUUGUCUGUUUAUAUGUCACUGUCAUUUUUCCUUCUGCCUCCCCUCAUAUCUGAAGGCUUCACCUUUCUUCUCUAACCCCCACCCAAAGGUAUCUAAUAUUAUAAAUGGUAUAUAUAUACAGGUAAAUUAAUAUAAGAUAUAUGUCUGAUAAUAAAGGUACA